AUGACUCAGUCAAUAAAUCAAGCAGCCGGUCAACCUUUAACACUUCCAAACAUUAAUAUUCCUAUAAAUCAAGCAACUAGUCAACCUCAAGCGAAUGGUCAACCUCAAACGAAUGGUCAACCUUUGAUACCACAAAAUGUUAAUCUUCUUAUAAAUCCAGCGAUUGGUCAGCCUUUGAUACCUCGAAACGAUAAUAUUUCU